GUUUGGGCAUGGAUGCGCUAACGUUUCUCCUCGAAAUCCUUCUUGUUCUCUCAUUUAUGGUUCCUUAUCUUCUCGCGCAAGACCACACACAAUGUAAAGAUAGCAGUUCAGACUGGUAUACGAGUGUCGUGGGGGAGACGCCAUGUAGUACAUAUGAACGGCUACGCAAGUUAUGCAAUAGCAACUAUGUCUUGGGUUCCUUGGACCCCAAUAAUCCUCCGGACACAUGUGAUGAUGAAAUUGCCGAAUGUUGUUGCAAUUCGAUCUCGUUCGGUCUUAGUAUGUUGUGCCUGACAUGCCAGCAAGGAAGAGGGCCACAAGGCAACGGCAUCGACGCUGACACCGGCACAUAUCAGCAAUACCUCAUGCAACAUGGAUCGAAUUCGUUCUGUAACCCCAUUACUAACAAAUCAUUUACCGAUAACAUACAAACGGCGGUCUGUAAUAAUGAACUGAAGAUCCAUGAUGAUUUCUACGAUGGGGUGUUUUGGAACGAUGGGGCGUGGUUCUAUACGUGGACCCGCGAACGAAUGGAAACUACUAAUGCUGCUAAUGCAAACAACUCAUUCACACAUUGUACAUCAACAACACUGAAUGUAACCAGCGUUUCAGAGUCUCAGUCGACUAUGACAUCGGUCACGGAUUCCACUGCCACGAGCGCCUCAUCAGCUUCUCCCUCUAUGCAAGGUGAGAUCUCAAAGUCUCUCAGUGCGGGCGCCAUAGCAGGGAUCGUGGUUGGGAGUACUGUAUUCAUAGGACUGAUCGCGCUCUGUUUUGUCUGGCUGCUCUUGCACCGCAGGCGACCAGCCGUUAUCGAGAACUCCGAGACGCUGUCCCCACCCUUUUUAACUGAAUCCGUGACGGAAGAUGCUUCGGUUACUGCUCACCGAUAUGGAAAUUCACUAUAUACACUGACGAACGAGUCUUCAGAGAGUCAGUAUCUGGGAGAAAAAGUAGAGAAGAUAUGACCACUUGAUUAUACUGACUCGGAGUAAGGACUAUGCUAUUCGCUGCGGCAUUGAUUUUGUAGUAGGUGUUAGGUAUAGUUUAUUAAAUUUGGUGAAAAUUUGGCUACUAUCACUACUUAUGUUGCGGCAUCUUAUUCAUGGUCCACAUUGUGAUUGAACGCGUGUCAGGGGUACGAGUGUCUCGAUUUAGUUACCGG